CUCUCUCUCUCUCUCUAUCUCUCUCUCACUCAUGUGCACCGAAGAGAGAACAGUCCAGAUGAGUGUCGCUCUCAGCCAUUCCUUCUCUCUGCACACCCAAGUGAACCUGAAAGAGGAUAAAAACGGGUUCUGAGAGGUCACUCUUUCAAGACCAACUGAAUCUCUGUAUCUUUCUUCGACAAAAUCUAUGGUUCUUUGGUCGCUUUGUGUUCAAAAAGUUCUCCAAAGGCCCAAAAAUACAGACACGCGCGCACACACAGGCACAUUAUGUUCCCAUCUAUGAUGACCAACAACAAUUCCAACCCUGCUCACCAUCUUCUCUCUCCAUCACUCCCCAAUACCUCAUCUUCUCCCACAAACCAGGAAUUAAUCAACCAAACCAUCCUCUUCCACCACCAAAUGCCGUUCACAGAUCACCACUUUUUCUUUCCCAACAACCACAUUUAUCCCGUAAUUACUGAAGCUCCAAUCGACAUUAGGAGUCCCAAAAAUGGUGCGAAAGUGAGCUCAUCAAACCCAGCCAACAAACCCAUGAAGAAGGACAGGCACAGAAAGAUAUGCACCGCGCAGGGCCUCCGGGACCGGAGGGUGAGGCUCUCGAUCGAGAUCUCGCGCAGGUUCUUCGACCUCCAGGACAUGCUAGGGUUCGACAAGGCGAGCAAAACCCUAGAGUGGCUCCUUACGAAGUCGAGGAAGGCCAUCAAGGAUCUGGCCAAGGGCAAGCGCAAGGACUUGGUCCUCAGGCCGGUGGAGGAUGAGAAGGGCUGGUCGUGUUCUAGUUCCGAGUGCGAUCAGGCUGUGUCAGCAGGGGUUGUGAUCGCUGGAAAUGGCAUAGUUCCGGUGGAUGACAAGAGGUCAGUACCAGUGGGAGACAAUGACUACCAAGGGAUGUUCAAGAUGGUGUCAUCAAAUCGAGAUGGUGGGCUUCAUGUUUUGGCUAAAGAGUCUAGGGCAAAGGCAAGGGCUAGGGCAAGGGCUAGGACCAGAGCAAAAAUGAGCAAUGACAACCCAAAGCUUGAUCACCAUGACCAGUUCAAGAAACUGUGCCCUGAUUCGCAGGCUUCUAGUGAAGAGAAAAAAUCAAAUCAUUAUGUUCAAGCACAAGCUGAUCACCAGGCAUUCAGUGAACAUCAGGAGGAGGUCGAUAUUGAGCAAUCUGUUCUGAUCAAUAGGAAGCUGAAGCAAAGUUCGGUCAUCAUUAACAAUUACCAGAAAAACCUAGACAAUGACAACAAUAGCCAAUUUUACUACCACGAUGUAGCUCAUCAAAACUGGGACAUCAACCCCGUAAUUGGUCAAUCGACCUUUUCUUCAUUCACCAACAUGAACUUUUCAUCAGGGGUUCUGGUAUGUGGAAAGCAAUGGGAUUCUCAAAACAGCCAUAGUCGACUAUCAUAAAGGGCAAUACCUGAUCCGUGGAAUGAGAUUUUGAUCGAUGAGACGGUAUCGGUCUCCAAAUGUGUCGUCUCUACGGUCUUUGGCUCUCCCACCUCAAUAGCUAGACGUUGGAUUUCUCCUAAACUGCAUAUCAAUUAGUACCGCAGUCUUCAGAAUGUGCAUUUUUGCGUUUUUAAAUGUUUGGAUAUCUAUAACAAUCGGAUGUAUUCAUUUAGAUGUUGAAUAUAUAUUUGGGUCAAUCUACCCUUUGAAAUC